AUGAUAAGCAGCGUCGGCAGCGGUUCCGACAACAACCUAGAGCCCCAGCCAGAGCAGCAGCAUCAAUUGGACCUCGACAAGGAGCAGCGACUCGGCUACCUGCACAACUAUGAAAGCGCCUAUCUGCCCAAGUUCCAGGAAUCCCAGGCCAACAACGAGCAGCAGCUCCUGGACAAGGAGGCCUACCUCGACUACGAGGCCGGUCAGCGCCGCGGCGAGCCCGACGACUUUCUCGAGCUCGACUACGACCGGCUCAACGCGGCCGGUCUUCUCGUCGACGCGCGCGACGACUUCUACGAGCAGCAGUCCCAGCAGUCACUGCCUGCGGAGCAGUACAUGCUACCCACCGAGCAGCAGCAGCAGCAGCAGCAACAACAGUCGUCCAUGUUCAACCCGCAGUUCCUGCCCAACUUCAACGAUAUGAUGAGGCUGGUCGCGCGCUACGAGAGCAGCAACGAGCAGUCCAAGUUCUACCCGAACGAGUCCGACGAGUACCAGGAGAUUGUCGCCGAGAACGAGCGCUUCCCGUACCGACAGCCUCCUCCGCCGCCUCCGCCGCUGAGCCACCAGCACCAAGCCGGCUUCCACAAUCGGUCGAGCCUCGAGCUGGGUCGUAUCGAGCGCGACAGCUACGUGCCGCCGCCUGUCAAGACUCAGACCACCGGCAGGAGAAACAAAUCAAAGUUCAACACGAGAAACGACAUCACCAACUUUCUCUCGUAG